AUGUCUCGCACAGAACAACUCUUCCUUGCCCUCCUAAGGAGCGCUCCCGUCAAAGACCAUCUUCUGCCACACCUCUCCACCUUCGACUUGUGCUCGGUUCGCCAGCUCUCCUCGGCCUGCUGCAACCUGGUUUCCAAGCGCCUCUUCACCCGCAUCCACGUUACCUUCACCGCCAGCACCUUUACCAAACCGUGCCGAGUGGCGGCGCUCCAUCGCAUCGGCCAUCACGUCGAGCACGUCGUUUUCCACAUGCCUCACUCGGAAUCGACGUUCCUGCCGCCUCUGGUUCACCCCCUGACCGGCCAGGAGAUUUGCUUCCUGUACACGCCGCACACCAGCAUGGCCUCUGCCCUCACCCGCCCCAAGUACGCCAACACCGAGCUGGGGGAUAUCCUCACGCAGCAGUACCCGCCGCUGUUCCAUGCCGCCACCAACGUGCCCAGCUUCAUCAAUGCCUUCAAAUCCCUCGUCAACACGCGCCACUUGACUGUCCGGUGUCCGGGCCAGCAUCCAAGGGAGCGGUACAGACGGGAUACCGUCGACUAUGCCCUCAUCAGCCUGAGAAUCGCCGUGGAAAGAGCGCCGCUCGAUAAGCUCAACAAGGUGUCUCUGUCGUCUGUGCAUCCCGGCGCCUUCAACUACCUCCGCCACACGCAAGGAUUCGGCUCUGUCCCCUCGGCAAGCCGGAGAUGGAAGCAGGUGAAGAAGCUCAACGUCUCGGUCGAGUCGUGGGACUUUUACGGCUCUUCCCCCGGACUGGACCACCUGAAAAUCAUUGACGACUAUGUGCGCUUCUUCGCACCGGGCCUCGAGAAGUUCAGCUUCUCGUGGAUCGGCAACAAGGGUCCCUGCUCCGUGGCUCUCUCGUCGGACGCGCUCUUUGCGCCGCCGAAAUCGUCAAAGAAGCUCUUCCAUGAAGUCACCUCUCCCAUGUCGCCGCUGCCUGUUCGCCCUCCCCCCUCGCCCAUACACUUCCCCAAGCUGCGGCAUCUGCAGAUCCGCAACACGUACAUGAAUGCCCCCCAGCUGAGCGAGCUCAUCAAGUCGCACAGCCGCACCGUCAAGGAGUUUGACUUUGAGAAUGUGGUCCUUGCCAACAACGGAAGCUGGGACGAGGCCCUCGCCCCGCUGAGCAGGGAUGACUCGUGGGCUAGAAGCAGCCGACUGGCCGCCUCGGAAUGCUCCUUUGUCACCGACGAGAGCUCGGAGGACCUGCCUAGUCCAAGCGCCGCGGUCGAGGCAGCCAGCAGGCAGCUGUUGGACCUGGACCUCGGUGGCUUCAACCUGAGCGACGAGCAGGCGAGCCCCAUCGGGGGCUUGUGCGAGGAGACGUCUGCCGCGGCGGCCGCCAGGGCAGACGAAGCAAUGAGCUUCACCACCAAGCUGCGCAAGAAGAGCCAGCGUCGCCGGCGCAGAAAGCACCACAGCAGUAGCGGCAGCGGCGGCGGCGGCGGCAGCGGCAGCAACGGCCCCGACGAGGGAACCAGCUCGGACUCUCGGCCGUCCUCCUCCCACCAUCGUCAUGAGCGCAAGCCGUCGCGGCCAAAGCUCAAGCCGUCCCUCGAUUCCUACACCUGCCGCAGCCGCCCCGUCACUCCACCCCUCCCUUCACCCAAACACGUCAUCACCGCCCCCAUUCUCUCGUCUGAUCCUCAACCAGUCCUGCUACAGCCCACCACCUACGACCCCACCCGCUCCUCACCAGACGGCGGCAUCACCUCUGUGCAGCGCAACCUCGAGCAGGAAGAGGCCCAUCGGCUGCUGGCCGAAGACGCAACUGCCCGCGUCAAUGCCCUUCGAAAGGCCAAAGACGCAGUCUUGUCCAAGUUGAGCAGGGAGUUUUGCGCCAGACGAAACAGGGCUGCCGACGCCGUAGCAGCCUGUCGCCUGAUGGUGAGCGCGGAGUGGACCAGAUCCGCAUGCUCGGGGGACCUGGUCCUCGAAGAUGGGAGGGGGGGACGUGAGAGCCAAAGUGCCUUGGUGCCUCUGAUGUUUAGCCGUUCCUGA